UUACCUCUGAGUCCUUGCCGUUAUCUUGCUUUCGCCACUUCAAACCGCUCGCUCUCUCAAUCCCCUCUCUACCACCCGCCGGGAAAGGCCAUGGCCGGAGUUCUCACCUCCCGUCCGCCUCUCGUUCCCCGGCCACUAAACUCGAGGUACAAAUCCACUCGGUGGGUCAAGGUCUCCGCCGAGCUCCGAGAAACACCCUCCUCGCCUGCCUCUCUUUCCGUGAGCUCCGCCCAAGAAGAGGGGCAGAGCUCGGGGUCUUCGUCUCUGCCCCCGACGUUCUCAUCGCCGCCAGGCUUCAAGCCUCCGCAGCCGAAGCGGUUCUCGGUCCGCCCGGACAAGUUUCUCGACAUCCUUUCUGCUUCUCUCGCCCUGCCUUUUCGCCUUGGCACUGGAGCUUUUGUUCUAGGAUAUUCGGCAUCCUUUGUUUCUGAGGGUAAAAUGUCAUCAAACGAGUAUGUUAUGAGUAUUGCAGGUUUGAAGUUGAAAGAGUCCUCAAAAUUAGGCCCCCGUCCAGAGAAAACUAUUGAGAUUUAUGAAUUUGAAAGUUGUCCAUUUUGUCGGAAGGUCAGGGAGAUUGUAAGCAUUUUAGAUCUUGAUGUUUUGUUUUAUCCUUGCCCGAGAAAUGGUCCAAACUUCCGUCCAAAAGUUUUACAGAUGGGCGGAAAGCAGCAAUUCCCUUACAUGGUGGAUCCAAAUACAGGCAUUGCUAUGUACGAGUCAGAUGACAUAAUAAAGUAUCUGGUUAAUAAAUAUGGUGAUGGAACCACUCCUCUGAUGCUGUCACUUGGCCUUCUUACUACUUUGACUGCUGGUUUUGCAAUGAUUGGUCGAAUGGGGAAAGGUUCUAUGUAUACUCCUUCAAAACUCCCACCUGUACCCCUUGAAUUGUGGGCAUAUGAGGCUUCCCCCUUUUGCAAAAUUGUGCGUGAAGUUCUAGUUGAGUUAGAAUUGCCCCAUAUACUUCACAGCACUGCUCGUGGCAGCCCAAAGCGGCAAAAGUUAUAUGAAGAAGUUGGACAUUUUCAGGUGCCUUACCUAGACGAUCCUAACACUGGAGUGAAAAUGUUUGAAAGUGCAGAAAUCAUAGAUUAUCUGAGAGCAACUUAUGCUCUUUAAGAAGCUCAAGGCCAUGCCUAUUAUAUCUGAGUGUAUAUUAUUUCCUUUCUUCUUGAUAAAUUCAAAUUAUGGUUUAAACAAAUUUACUCUUUCGUUCUCAACUAUGAUAGAAGACUAGGACCUUUUUUUUUCCUCUUACAACUAGCUCGACAUAUCUGUUAUGUAUAUUCCUUAUGCUUUACCACAUUAUAAAUAUUUGAUGAUACAAAUUCUAUAAACUGCAUAUUUGAUCCUUC